GCAGCAUAGACGUAAAGUUUGGACUGGUGCCUUACAACGACAGUAACAUCAUUAUUACUGAGGCCUCCUUACAAGACUCUGUAGACGAUCUUAUGAGAAAAAUCAAUAGCGGAGAGUUAAAACUUACAGACUUAAGUGGAAAACAACUUACUCUUGUUCGGAUGUCAACCGCCACCACAACCACUACCCCAGCGCCACCUGAUAAUUCCUUUGACUUUACUCCUGUUAUUUUCGGUGUCGUCGUUGGAGUUUUCGUCUUAAUGAUCGUGCUAGUUAUAAUGACAGCAAUUGUUGUCAAACUUAUGAACGGAAGAGAUAAUAGGAUAUCGCCUAAUGACUCUACAACCAAGGCAAAAGGAAACCGUGAUGAAGAAUCUGAGGUUUCAUCCACUGGAGGGGGUUACGGCAAGCAGGGUGAAAGUUUUCGCCGUCAAAGCGUUCCUUCAGCCCCCGUAUAUCGGCCACCAACUGAUGGUGAAAUAAAAAAAACACCUCGCCCCCCAUCAUCGGUGCGAAGAGAACUGAAGAUAGAUGAGGAAUGAACGUUUCGGAACAAUAAGCCACCAGCAACGUUUGAAGAUAUUAUCAAAAACGAAAUUGAAUACAUAUACGCAUCACGUUUCUUUAUAUACGACUUCUACAACUAGUGAUUGUGUGGUUCACAGCACGCUAUAUUCAUUCCCUUCUCUGCGUUCGACAUGAUUUGUGUGAUAAACAAAUGUUCUGAGCUAAGAUAAUUCUACAAAGAAAAAUAAGUGUUAUCUUAAUAUUUCUUUAAAAAAAUCCAAUCUUACCUAGAAUUUAAAUAGUAAAUCGUAUGUAGAUAAUUUUAUAUUAUUUAAAAAAUUGUACCUUGCAUAGAUUUUUUUUAAUUAAGCCUAAUCUGCUUAACUAUGAUUAAGACUUGCGUACAUGAAUUUUGAUUUAGGGCAUUAUAUUAAAAUUAUACCUGACUGUACAUAAUCACACUACAGUAAAAACGUUACCUGGGAAAUUGUAAUAAAACAAAACCUUAAUUAGAUACUAAAACUAACGCUAAGACUGACCUGGUUGGUUUUAAUACAAAUUGAAACCUUGGAUAGAUAAUUACACUAAUGCUAAGCCUUACCCUAGUUAGUUAUAAUACAAUGAAAUGCCACCUAGAUAUUUACACUAAUGCUAAACCUUAUCCUAGUUAGUUGUAAUACAAUGAAACAUUACCUAGAUAAUUACACUAAUGCUAAGCCUUACUUUAGUGAAUUAUAAUACAAUGAAAUUUUAUCUACUUAUACUAAAGCUAAGCCUUACCCUAUUUAAUUGCAGUACAAUGAAAUGCCACCUAGAUAUUUACACUAAUGCUAAACCUUAUCCUAGUUAGUUGUAAUACAAUGAAACAUUACCUAGAUACUUAAACUAGUGCUAAGGCCUUUCUCUAGUUA